AUGAUCAUAUUUAACAAGACCGAUGGGUUUUUAUUAAUGGAAUUUCACUAUUCUCCAGUGGUUAAACAGAUAUUUUUUUUCCUUCUUCUGAAUGUCUACUCCAUCACCGUGAUUGGAAACGUUAUUAUCAUUUUCAUCAUUUCUACCAAUAAACACCUACAUAAACCAAUGUAUUUUUUUCUUAUUAAUUUGUCAUUCUUAGACAUAUUGUUUACCAGCACAAUCACACCAAAGUUCCUGUCUCUUCUGGCAAAUGGAAGCAGAUUCAUCAGCUAUGUGGGCUGCAUGAUACAAUGCUACAGCUUCUUCUUCCUUGGUGCUACUGAGAUAUUAAUUCUAACUGUCAUGUCUUUUGACAGGUAUAUGGCUAUAUGCCAUCCUUUACAUUACAUGGCCAUAUUAAGCCCCACACUCUGUCUAUAUCUAGCUUUGGGUGCUUGGGCAUGUGCUUUUCUUGACACCAUAGCCCCAACUGUACUAGUAGUUCGUCUUACCUUCUGUGGCUCCAACAAAAUUAAUCAUUUUUUUUGCGAUGUAGAUCAACUUUUAAAACUGGCCUGUGCAGACACCCAAUAUCUAAACCUUUUAGAUUUUGUGGUUUCUGCAGUGAUUGUGUUUGGAUCACUUAUACUGAUUAUUGUUUCAUAUUUAAACAUAAUAAUUGCAAUAUUAAAGAUACCCUCAUCAGGAGGGCGAUGGAAAUCUUUUGCAACGUGUUCUUCUCAUCUUUUAGUUGUCUUUAUUUUCUAUGUUGGCACCGUGUUCAUGAGCUUAAGAUCUAUUAAAGAUUCCUAUGUAGAUUUUAACAAGUUGUCUGUUGUCCUGAACACAAUAAUCACACCGCUCUUUAAUCCAUUCAUCUACACUUUAAGAAAUGAUCAAGUAAAAUGUGCCCUGAAGAGCUUGUGGAACUAUGGAGACAGAUAUAUUGGGAACUGA